AUGCCCUCCCCAAUCCCCCGCCUCCUCCCACCAAUCUUCUCAAUCUUCGACUCAGGCCUCGCCGAAACAGCAAACAACCCCCUCUUCUACCUCUCCCACGACGCCGAGCCCUCCGAGACAGACAACGCAAUCGGCAUCAACAUCCACGCAGGCCCCUUCUCCACCGCGCCCAUCAUCGCGCACCUCACCCACCGCCUCUCUCCCCUCCCUUCGCGCCCCCGCCGCCGUGAAAGCAACUCCAGCGACACCCCCAAGAUCCUCCUCCACGAAGACCGCGGUCGACAAGGGAACGCUCUGGGCUUCCGCUCGCUUUUCAGCCGUAUCAUCCGCGGGAGAGGGUAUCAGGGCCUAUGGCGCUUCACGAUGCGUCUUCGGGAUCCUUGUUGGGCGGAGAUGAUGACCGAUGUCGAUUUCGAAUGGAGGCACAGAUUCCGAUUCCUCAACUCCGCUGCCAUUCCCCCUAACGCAAAAGAGACUCCCUUCUUGAACGACGACUUCGCGUUGGUGGCGAUCAUGUCCGGUAUUGGUAUCGUCAUGGGCGAGAACGAAACGUUAGGCGGCGUGCUGACGGCUGAGGAAAUACAAGCUUCACAGAGACCUCAUCUCAAGCGCGCCGCAUUAGUAGAGAAGCACGCCCGCGAGGCAAAGGAAUGGCUCGCUACACUGGACCUCCUCGACGACAAUGACCGUGACGACGAGCCACCUCAUAUACGAAGGGCUGAAAGAGUAGCUCCAUGGAGGGACCUCCACGGGUCAAGAGGAACGAUUACACGGGGAAAAAAAGGAGUCAGUGGCAAGACAAAAAGCUCCAAAGCAAUACCGCCUGGAGAUCGCCGACAGCGCAGUCUAUCAGCGCCCGAGACUUCUUCGCAGCGGAGGGCAGCCGAGAAGACUUUGCAUCACGAUGCAAGUCGUAGACAGGAAUGGGAGAAGAGGCCUGCCGUGUACGUGCCGAGGAAGAGGGAGAGAACUGCGAAUGCGUCUGCGGCGACGAGACGGACUACGCCGCUGCGGUCUUCACAGAGGAGCUCGUAUGGGGAUCGAGACCCGACGAGUCGGAGCGUCAUCUUGGCACAAGGAGGAACGCAAAUUGAGUGA